AUGGAAAGGAUCAAUGCUUCCAUGUUAACAGAAUUCGUCCUCAUUGGACUUUCUGCCCACCCCAAACUCCAGACAGUCUUCUUUGUGCUGGUUUUGUGGAUGUACCUGGUCAUCCUGCUGGGAAAUGGAAUCCUUAUGUCAGUAAUCGUCUAUGAUUCUCACUUGCAUACCCCUAUGUACUUCUUCCUGUGCAACCUUUCCUUCCUGGACAUUUGUUACACAAGCUGCUCUGUUCCGUUAAUUCUUGACAACUUCUUGACAGUGAAGAAAACAGUUUCCUUCUCUGGGUGCAUGGUGCAAAUGUUUUUCUCCUUUGCCAUGGGGGCCACAGAGUGUGUGCUUUUAGGGAUGAUGGCGCUCGAUCGUUACAUGGCCAUCUGCAACCCACUGAGAUACCCUGUUAUCAUGAGCAAAGCUGCCUAUGUGGCCAUGGCCACGGGAUCCUGGGCUGCUGGGCUUGUUGACUCAAUGAUACAGACAUCUCUCGCAGUGAAAUUACCAUUCUGUGCUCAUAAUGUCAUUAACCACUUUGUCUGUGAAAUUCUGGCUAUUCUAAAACUGGCCUGUGCUGAUAUUACAAUCAAUGUGAUUAGCAUGACUGGGUCAAACCUGAUAGUUCUAGUCAUCCCGGUGCUAGUGAUUGGCAUCUCUUACAUUUUCAUUGUUGCCACUAUUCUGAGGAUCCCUUCCACUGAAGGAAAGCGUAAGGCCUUCUCUACCUGCUCAGCCCACCUGACAGUAGUGAUCAUAUUCUAUGGAAGCAUCUUCUUCAUGUACGCGAGGCCCAAGUCUAAGAACUCUUUUACGAGAAGUAACCAAGAUGUUAUUGAUGCUCUCAUUUCCCUCUUCUAUGGAGUAGUGACACCCAUGCUCAACCCGCUUAUUUACAGUCUAAGGAACAAGGACGUAAAGGUUGCUGUGAAGAACAUGUUCGGGAAGGAAAAACAAUCACGCUUAAGUCUUUAG